CAAUAUUUGCCUACAUUGGAACGCUACGACUUGUUGUUCGGACUCCUAGCGUGCACAGAGCCCUUCUGUGACGAGUUGGAGCUGCCAGGUGAUGAUGACGUCACAGUCCCGGCGGGCCCUGUACGUGGGCGGGGCUAUGCUGUCCUGUUUCCUGCUGACCACCGUGUACCUGAGGGACAACAACAACAGCCCCAACACAGCCUGGACUGUGACAGCACUGACCGAACCGUCGCUGCCAGCUGUUUCCCCCCCAGCUGUUGUGCAGGAAAGUGCAGUUUGGCUUGGAAAAAGACAUUCCCACAGUUUUCGCGCCGGAGAUCCUGAGUCUACUGCGAGACCCAAGCUACAACAUCUGUUGGAUGAUGACUUUUCUUACUGUAGACGGCAGGCACCCUUUGUGGGUCCUAUUAAGUUCACAAAGACUCUGAAAAACCCCUGUUGGUGGGAGGGAGAGACACUGCGCUGCUUGCCCUUCUUCUACGUGGCUGGGUUCAGCAAAAGUGGGACAACUGACCUAAUUUCUCGCAUGAACAGUCAUCCGGAGGUGAAAGUUAUAAAAAAGGAGAAGCACUGGCUGGACUACUUUAGAUAUAUGGAUACAUUCAGAUUCAUCAGCAACUACACAGAUAUGUUUCAACCUGUUACCGACAUGUUUAUACAAAUGUUAAAAGAAAACACAACUCUUCCUAUUGUUACAGGUAGGUUAAAUCUACAGUGGUGGGGAAUUGGUUGCAACAGGACAAAAUGA